CGCAGAAUCUGACAUCGCAACGCCGUCUCAUUUGUUCUCGUCAACCGUAGCCGAGUCCCUUUUUACCUCCUCAUACGACGACUACCAAACAUAAAAGCGAAAGCCAUCUCAUGUCUCGAUAGCUAACCCCUCCGCUUGUCCUUGUCCUCUUCUUUUGUCUUACACCACGCGAUCACCAGCAUCAUGGAAAAGUACAGUCAAUUUCGCGAUCGAGCAACGGGUAUUGCGCCCUUUCUUCCCGUCUCGACACCCGUUUCAGCAGUCGCGAUAUUCACCCACGCCGCCCUCUUCCUCUUCCGCCUCCCAUUCUUCAUCGCCUAUUUCAUCGGCUACUUUCUCUUCUUCCACUUCCUUCCGCUGCCCGUCAUCUUUAGAAAAGUUGCCCUUUGGGGUUUGAUGGCCAUACCGGGAAUAUGGUGGAUUGAUCUGCAGCUCGACGGCGUCAAACGUGGCACUUUGGCGGACCAGCCCCGCGAGCGCUUCCCUCACCCCGGUUCAGUUAUUGUUGUCAACUUCUCGAGUCCCAUCGAUGCAAUCUACCUCGCCGCCAUAUUCGAUCCCAUCUUUACGGUCUCAUUUCCUGAUACCCGCCUUGUCCAGCGUGUUAGCUUGCUGGGUGCUGUUCUGGCAGCUCUCUCGCCAGUGCGAACCGCUCCUCCCAAGAACGCCAAACUCGUCGAAAUCAAGGACCUUUUGGCCAGCAACCCGGGACAAGUCGUGGCCGUUUUCCCCGAGUGCGGAACUAGCAAUGGAAAGGCCAUCUUACCUUUCAGCCCGAGCAUCCUUCAAACACCGGCCGAUGUCCACAUUUUCCCUGUGAGCAUUCGAUAUACACCCUCCGACGUCACGACACCUGUGCCUGGGAAGUGGUUUCGAUUCCUAUGGGAUCUGCUUUCUCGACCAACGACAUGUAUUCGUGUGCGCAUCGCCGAGGGACAGAUCAACACAUCCGUGGCAAAAGUCAACGGUGUCUCGCAUUCUGACCCCACCGAGCUGCGCCGACGUAACGAUGUGAGCGCUGGCGUCUCUGCGGACGAACAGCGUGUUCUUGACCGCGUGGGCGAGGCUCUGGCUAGGCUAAGCCGUGUCAAGCGAGUUGGCCUAACGAUGAAGGACAAGGCGUCUUUUGUUGACGCACUGAACAGCAAGAAAUGAUUACGAUAACAAAUGAUGGAAGAGCCCGCGAAGAGACGUCAGUUGGUUGGUUCGUGAAGUUAUUUCAUUCGGAAGAAGUGGGAAAGGAGUUGUCGCAUUGCAAGGAGCUUGGAGGUUAUUUUGUUCAGUCAGCCAAAUACCCACGAUCUUUCAUAUAAUCGUAUUUUCUGGGUUGAUCUUUGUAUUUCAUUUGAUGGGUCUUAAGUUGUAGCCAGUUGAGUAGACUCGCCAAGCGCAGAACACUUCAUGCAUCAACAGUCACAAAGGAAAAGAUCUUGGCGAGAUACUUAAAACAAAAAAUAUUGGGAUAUAAGUUCUGACCCAGAAAAAUCUAAAUUCGCCUUUUCCGACCUCAUUAAAAUGAAUUACAUCGUGACAUAUAACAGUUUUGCUUGGCUUUCGUGAGCCGUUUAGUUCUUGAGACCGCUAUCGGUGACACAGCCCUCACUGGCGUUGGUCACCAGUCGAGCGUACUUGCUGAGUGUGCCCUUGGUGUAUCGGGGAGCGGGAGCCUUCCAGGCCUUGCGACGGCGAUCAACCUCUGCCUCGGGAACAACGAGGUCGAUAGCACGAGACUCGGCGUCGAUAACGAUGGUGUCACCGUCCUCGACAAGGGCGAUAGGGCCACCCUCCAUUGCCUCGGGGACAAUGUGACCAAUAAUGAAACCGUGAGAACCACCAGAGAAGCGACCGUCAGUGAGAAGGGCGACAUCCUGUCCAAGGCCAGCACCCAUAAUGGCAGAAGAAGGCUUCAGCAUCUCAGGCAUACCGGGGCCACCCUUGGGUCCAUCAUAUCGGAUGAUAACGACAGUCUUCUCACCCUUCUUGAUCUCACCAGCCUCAAGGCUAGAGAUGAAGGCGGGCUCGGAGUCGUAGACACGGGCCUUACCCUCGAAUCGGAGACCCUCCUUGCCAGUGAUCUUACCAACACAGCCACCAGGAGCCAGGGAUCCACGGAGAAUCUGGAUGUGACCGGUAGGCUUAAUGGGGUUGCUAAGGGGGCGAAUGAUGGUUUGAUCCUCGGGGAAUCCAGGCAACUCCUCGACGUUCUGCUUCAUGGUCUUGCCAGUGACAGUGAUACCAGAGCCGUCAAUGAUACCCUCCUUCAAGAGGAACUUGAGAAGAGCAGGAGUACCACCAAUCUUGUGCAUAUCGGCCAUGACCCACUUUCCAGAGGGCUUCAGGUCGGCAAGGAAGGGAGUGCGGUCGGAAACCUUUUGGAAGUCCUCGAUGUCGAGCUUGAUACCGACAGAGUCGGCAAUUGCGAUAAGAUGCAGAACAGCGUUGGUGCUGCCACCAAGGAUGGUAGUGACGAUCAUGGCAUUCUCAAAGGCUUGGCGAGUCAUGAUGUCACGAGGUCGGAUAUCUUCCUUGAGAAUGUUGCGGAUAGCAGGUCCAACAGCCUCACACUCGGCGAUCUUGCUGGGGUCCUCAGCAGGGCUGCUGCUGC